AUGGAUGGAUGCAGCUUUUAUCGUGUGGAAGUAAAGGUGCCAGAAAGGUUGGCCGAGAAAGAACAGGUGAUUGAAUUGAUAGUCGCUUCAAAGAAGAGCGGAGUAAAUGAUCCUGCCUUCAAUCUCUUUGGGGAUCCCGACAAGCUGCAACUUGCGGCGGGGUCGGAGCUGAAUGAAGCUAUUGAUAGUGUGGUGCUGGACCGGUUAAUAGAAUUUCUGUGUCACGGGAUAAUACGUCAUAGUCGGGGGAAGAUGAGUCAAAAACUACAAUCUCAGCUGGCGGAGGAGGUAGCUGGGUCGUAUGGUUCGCAGCUAAGGGAGGUGACUACGGAUAAUGCGGUUCAAUGUAUGUCGAUAGAUAAUUUAAGGGAUGAGGACGUAAUCAGGGUUGAGGCGUGCGCGAGAGUUUCGGAGCGUGAGUAUUGGGUGAAUGAGCAGAUCUGGGAGUUGACUCACCAAGAGGACGAAAGGGAAGAUGACGACCAGGCUCUACUGAGUCAGUUCCGUAAGAGAUUCUCUUCAGUGGUCCAGCCAGCCGUAUUCUGGUUAAUUCAAGGUCGCGUGACGGCGAACCGCAUGGUUGAGAGCCUUCGUCUUGCGCUGGGCUCCGUUCGGCAAGUCGUGGAGCGGCACCCCAGGCUCACGGUCGGUGUGAUGGCGGGGAUGACGUUCUCAGGUGGUGCGCUAAUCCUGUGGCCGAGGCGGUCUGAAUGGAGUUCAGGACAAGACGCCAUGAUUCCGACCAUAGAUACCUUGGUCUGUAAGCGCGGCCUGGGUAUGGGCCUUGGCGACCCAGCAGAUUUCUGGCCCUCUUUUGACUGCUUUCUGGAGGAACACCCGUGCAUUUGCGGACCGAAAUUACAAGACUGCACUCCCACAGAUGUAAUUUGCAACAGCACAACCGGACUGCUUUCCAUGACAUGGGGAAUUGCCCCCGAACUGGGAGACUCACCGGAUUGGGCCCGUUGGCUGAAAUGUCGAUCCGACGAAGCAGGCUUCGAAAUAAAAGGCAAGGUUUCGAUCCAAAACACUAAUCCCGGUCCUAUCGGCACCGACGGCUAUCGCAUUGCCCUUACCGCUAAAAAUCACAAGAACGAAGUCUUCCGCCACAACGUCCUCUGCUGUACCACCGGCUGCGGACAGUAA